UUUGGCUUCACUUAAACAGUAGCCAAAUGAACGAAUUUACUACUCCAUAUCUAUAUAUAUAGAGCUAAAUGUGGCGACCCUGCAUAUAAACAAGGGCUAGAAGUUACGCUUAUCCGAUACAUAAAAAUGGAGCCAUUCGCAAUCACUGGGACGAUUGUCGAUUGCUCUUCUGAUGAAUCAAGGAAUUUGAGAAUUAACCAGCAAGCGUUACUUGUGAUCAACCGUCAAGGAACUAUAGUCUAUCGUGGUGUUUUAGAUGAUUUAAACAAGGCAAAAGAGGAAUUUGAUGUGACCGAAGUAAUUGAAUUGCGAGAUCAUGACGAAUUUCUUUUACCGGGCUUUAUUGACACUCAUAUUCACGCCUCACAAUAUCCUAAUUGUGGACUUGCACUUGACCUAUCCCUAUUAAAAUGGCUUGAGAAUUACACCUAUCCUUUAGAAGCUAAAAUAGGGCAAGAUCUUAACUUUGCUAGAAAAGUUUACGAAUCUGUGGUUUCGUCCACUCUAAGUCAUGGCACAACCACAGCUGUGUAUUUCGCAACAAUUCAAGAAGAAGCUUCGGUAAUACUUGCCGAAACAGCGUCGCGUUUGGGUCAGAGAGCUUUCGUUGGAAAAGUCAAUAUGGAUCAAAAUUCGCCAGAUUAUUACCGUGAGGGGACUCGAGAAUAUAUCGCUGCUACCAAGUCGUUUGUCAACCGCGUGUUCGACUUCGAGAUGAAAAGCGAUUUGGUUGAGCCAAUUAUCACACCACGGUUCGCACCGACAUGCACAAGAGUACUGCUUGAAGAGCUUGGAACACUCGCCAAGGAGAAGGGCUUGAGAAUCCAGACACAUCUUAGCGAAUGUCCAUCUGAAGUGGAAUGGGUACGCAAAUGUUUUCCAUGGUCCAAGAACUACACCGAUGUCUACAAUGCAACCGGUAUUCUUACGGAUAAAACUAUUUUAGCACAUGGAAUUUUCCUAGACCACGCGGAGUUGUCUGUUAUUAAGAGUGUUGGCGCCGGAAUCGCACACUGUCCAAAUUCCAAUAAUUCAAUCCGCUCAGGUAGUAUGGCAGCUGCUAACCUUCAAGGCGUUAAAGUUGGUCUUGGAACUGAUUGCAGUGGUGGUUACUCUCCUUCGAUGAUAAAUGCAAUGAGAUUUGCCAUUUCUACCUCCAAUAACAUGUACAUGGCCAAAGAAUGCGAAACGUCUUUCCAUUACAACGACGUAAUAUCGUUAGCAACUCGUGGUUCGGCGAAAGUUUGUGGCGUAGAAGAUAAAGUCGGGGGUUUCGAUAUUGGCUUCCAAUUUGACGCGCUUCGAAUUCGCAUGAGUGUCUCCAACGAUACACGGCUCUUUGGCUUUGAAACCGUCGAAGAUAUGAUUCAUAAAUUUGUCUUUCUUGGAGAUGAGCGAAAUUUGGUUCAAGUUUUUGUUAAGGGGAAGUGUGUCAAGAAUCUUUUAUUCGCCGAAACGCAAUAUAACUGAUAAUAGAUAACUAUAAUGCAUAUAAAUAUAUUACAUGGAACAAUAGUUUUUUAUUAUCUAAAGUAUAUCGCGGCUAUAUAUAGCCUAUGUAUUUUUUUACAGUUCCAAUCAACAAUUUUCACAAUCAAUUUGAGAUUCUUACAGGGAUUGAAAUAUGAAUGUAAUCAUUACGCUGUGUUUGUAUGAAAUAUAAAGUCUCAAAAACCUAUUUCAUACCAUACUCCUUUUACCUCAAUUAAUAGUCAAAAUGACAAUUAGUUAGGGAUAUAUAGGUCAUAGCCCCUCAUAUAGGGCUACUUAAGUCGUUAACAAGAAAGCGGAUAGUCACG